UCAAUAAGCCAAGAGAGGGACAAAUUGGCAACUACAUGCCUGAUGCUCCAUCUGAUGAAAUGCCUGACGAAAGAACCCACUGGCAAUAUCUUGAAGAGCUCCCAAGCUGGCGGCACUAAUCGCUCCCGAAACGCACUGCAGACGUCUCAAUGCCAGCAGCCAAGCAAUCGCGACGGCAAUCGUGGUUUGAAAUUGUCUGCCUGCAAUUUGUCGCCACCGCUUGUAAUGCCACCCACUCCAGGUGACGACAUGCCGGCGUGUUAUGGUUGUUGGACCCUUAUAAAAUCCCCCGAUCUGCAGGCGGCGCAUUCAGUUGAAAUGUUCGCGAACAAUGGGAAGUUACUCCCGGCCUUUGGCCUUUGCCUCGGUCUUCUUAUAUCUUAUGCCGCCGGGCAGGCCCAAAAUGUCUCGAAGGAAUCCGCAUCCUGGAAGCCCAUGCAGCCCCAGAAACGCCAGGCUAUAGUGAAAUUGGACCCUCUUGGUUCUGCAGCAGCUAAGAGCUACGAUCCUCCGCCGGAAUUUUAUCGGGGACCGGGUUCAUCGUCCUCCAAGUUAGACAACACAGCUGCCAGCUUUAUAUCGAAGCCCAUUGGAUCGCUGCCACCAGCUGGAGGCAGUCAUGGUUCCCAGAUCAGCAGCCUAAAUGAGAAUCUCAGUGAGGCCUAUGACAAGUGGCGGUUGGGUGGAAAUAUACAUGACCGGAUUAGCGUGGGUCACUAUUCUAGCAGUGGAAGUGCUGGCAAAAGCUAUGCCUAUGAAAGCCAUCCUUAUCCCUACGACUAUGGAACCUCCAAUGGGCAUGGCUACGACACAGGACCUGCCCCUGGACACGGCUACUCCUCUAGUGGAGAGGCAGGAGUGCCGUACCAUCUUUACAGGCCCCGACCGGAGCAUGCUCAUUACCCAGGGCCUCCUGUCGACUAUUCAUACAGCUCUUAUCCCAUCGAUUCCCAUGAGAUUGUUUCCCACAAGGGAUCGCCGGAGCUUUCGCCUAAAGCUCUGCUGGCAAAGAGUUUCCUCAUUCCGCUGGCCAGUGCUACUGUAUUGGGCAUCGCCGCUGCCCUGGUCAGCAAUCCUCUUUUGCUGCAACUGGCUCCCGUUCCCGGAAUCGGAGUAGGAGUUGGAGUCGGACCUACAGUAGUCGGAAAGCGGCGGAGGAGAAGACAAACUGUGAAACGGGUUUUGAGGUUAGGGGAAUCCUAGUUAUAUACCGUUCGGGACUAUAUCGAUAUUUUUUCCUUCC